AUGGGAUUUAGUUUGUUCCUACGUUUCGAUGCCUAUCAGGCAUGUGCUUAUGUGGAAAAGGAAUUCCUGCUGGACGAUAUCCUGGAUGCGGCUGCUGAACUUGUCCAAAAACUGGUGCGAAUUCGUUCCGAUAAACCAAUCCGACUGCAACACCAUCUGCUACUUUUUACCACCGACGAGGGAGAGGGUGGGACUUUGAAACCGGCCAAAACAAAGGAGGAUAUCUAUCCUGGUUGCGUUGUGCAAAUUGUGUUGCCA